AUGCCUGUGAGACGCGGUCAUGUUGCGCUCCAAAACACCUACCUGGACACCAUCAUCAGGAAAUUCGACGAGCAAAAUCGCAAGUUCCUGAUCGCCAACGCCCAGAUAAAGAGCUGUGGCAUCAUCUUCUGCAACGAAGGCUUCUGUCAGCUGUUUGGUUUCACCAGGGCGGAGAUCAUGCAGCAGCCCUGCACCUGCCAGUUCUUGGUGGGACCCGGCACCAUGAAGAGCGCCCUGGCCCAGCUGGCCCAGGCCCUGCUCGGCUCCGAGGAGCGCAAGGUGGAGAUCCACUACUACGCUAAAGAAGGGACCUGCCGACACUGCCUGGUGGAUAUUGUCCCUGUCAAAAACGAGGAAGGCAUUGUCAUCAUGUUCAUCCUCGACUUCCAGGAGCUGAUUGAUCCGACGCUCAAGAAGUCUGGACUCAGACAGAGAGUCACCCAAGGAUUGAUUUACUGUCAGAAUCGUAGGCUGAAGAUGAGGCUGCCGGAGCUGCGACCCAAGCGACCACCUUCGCUUUCCAAAGACCAGUUUGAAGGAGUGGUAGUGGACUACCUGCAGCCGAAUAGUGAAGAAUUCCCGCUGAAAGAAUUUCGUAUCCCGUCCAAAGAGAGCUGCAUGCAGUCGGAGACGGAGGCCCUGAUAGAGCAGGACCUGGAUCCUCCCUCCCCUGCAGCUCAGUCCUCCACCAAGCGGCGCUCCCUGCUGACGGACCGGCUGGACCCCAGCAUCGCCUUCCCACGGGGGUCGAUACCUCGAGCUUGUUCUCGGGACAGCGUCCGCAGCCUCCGACGCGCCUCGUCACUGGACGACAUGGACGGGAUGAGGGCCGAGUGGAGCAGUCGACCCGGAGAACCCCGAACCAACAGCAACUUGAAGCCCAGCACUCUGAACUCCACGUCUGACUCGGACCUGAUGAGACACAGAACCAUCGGACGCAUCCCUCAGGUUACCCUCAGCUUCGGCUCGGACCGGAUGAGACCUCCUUCGCCCACCGAGAUCGAAAUCAUCGCACCCAGCAAGAUUAAAGACCGAACCCAGAACGUCACGGAGAAAGUCACUCAGGUAACGCAGGUGUUGUCUCUUGGUGCUGACGUGCUGCCAGAGUACAAGCUGCAGGCCCCACGUAUCCACAGAUGGACCAUCCUUCACUACAGCCCCUUCAAGGCGGUAUGGGACUGGGUCAUCCUGCUGCUGGUCAUCUACACGGCCAUCUUCACACCGUACUCGGCCGCUUUCCUUCUCAACGAGGUGGAGGAAGACCUGAGGAGAACUUGCGGCUACACCUGCAACCCCCUCAACGUGGUGGACCUGGUGGUGGACGUCAUGUUCAUCGUGGACAUCCUGAUCAACUUCAGGACCACCUACGUCAACCACAACGAUGAGGUUGUCAGCCACCCGGGACGCAUCGCACAGCACUACUUCAAGGGCUGGUUCCUCAUCGACAUUGUGGCCGCCAUUCCCUUCGAUCUGCUCAUAUUCCGCUCCGGGUCCGAGGAGUCUUCCUCUCUCCGCCAGCCACAGACCACCACUCUGAUUGGAUUACUGAAAACAGCCAGACUCCUGAGGUUGGUGCGAGUAGCCAGGAAGCUGGACCGUUACUCAGAAUACGGAGCCGCCGUCCUUUUCCUCCUCAUGUGCACCUUUGCGCUCAUCGCUCAUUGGCUCGCCUGCAUCUGGUACGCCAUCGGCAACGUGGAGCGCACCAGCUCCGCCCGCCUCGGAUCCCUGAAGAUCGGCUGGCUGGACAACCUGGCUGAACAGAUUGGUAAACAGUUCAAUGACAGCGACGCAGCCUCGGGUCCCUCCAUCAAGGACAAGUACGUUACAGCUCUGUACUUCACCUUCAGCAGCCUGACCAGCGUUGGCUUCGGGAACGUCUCCCCCAACACCAACCCAGAGAAGAUCUUCUCCAUCUGUGUCAUGCUCAUUGGCUCUCUGAUGUACGCCAGCAUAUUUGGGAACGUGUCGGCCAUCAUUCAGAGAUUGUACUCAGGAACGGCUCGAUACCACACUCAGAUGCUGCGGGUCAAAGAGUUCAUCCGUUUCCACCAGAUCCCAGGAGGCCUUAGACAGCGGCUGGAGGAGUACUUCCAACACGCCUGGUCCUACACCAACGGCAUCGACAUGAACGCCGUUUUAAAGGGUUUCCCUGAGUGUCUGCAGGCUGACAUCUGCCUCCAUUUGAACCGCACCCUGCUGCAGAACUGCAAAGCCUUUCGAGGCGCCAAUAAAGGGUGCCUGCGGGCUCUGGGGAUGCGAUUCAGGACCACCCACGCUCCGCCAGGUGACACUCUGGUCCACAGCGGGGACAUUCUCACCGCCCUCUACUUCAUUUCCAGAGGCUCGAUAGAGAUCCUCAGGGAAGACGUGGUGGUGGCCAUAUUAGGAAAGAACGACAUAUUUGGCGAACCCAUCAGUCUGUACGGCAGACCGGGGAAAUCCAGCGCUGACGUCAGGGCUUUGACCUACUGCGAUCUUCACAAGAUCCUGAGGGACGACCUGCUGGAAGUGCUCGACAUGUAUCCCGACUUUGCCGAAAUGUUUUGGAACAAUCUGGAGAUCACGUUCAACCUGAGAGAUGCAGAUAGAGUAAACCAGACAACCCCGGGCAGAGACUCUGAAUGUGGCUACCGCAGGACGAGGCACCGGAGAGGCUCCCUGCGUCGCCGCAACCGCCCAGACGGCAUGGACCGUGACGACUCUUACCCCGAUCAGCCCUGUCCGAUGGGGAACCACCACCAGGACACGACAGGGGGAUCGAACUGGGAAGACCUCUGCAGCAGCGCUAGUAUCGGUUCACAGUCUAGUGACGAUGAGAUGAAGCCCAUAGGACACAGUAAAGGGGAGCUGUACCCUCCAGGAGGAGACACCAGAGACUAUCCUCCAGCAGUGGUCAACAUCCUGCCUCCCAGUGGACCCUCAGCUGGGAUGGGACCUCCUGUGGACCUCGGAGGCCCACCGUACCCAGCGGCCGCACCUAUCAGCAUGUCAGGCCUGUACGGCUACUGGCCGGACCGCAGAACCAGCCAGUUCUCCGACAGCCAGAGACGAGCGUCCUCAGUCAGGGCCACCUUCCACCCUCCUCCCUGCGCCGAGGACCGGCCCAGCGAACUGGAAUCCAGACUGGAGCUGCUGCAGUCCCAGUUAAACCGGCUGGAGACACGAAUGACAGCAGACAUCAACGUGAUCCUGCAGCUCCUCCAGAGGCAGAUGGCCCCGGUGCCUCCCGCCUACAGCGCCGUGUCACCCAGCCCUCACCCGCCUCACCCCACCGCCCUGUACAGCACGGGAGCGCCCACAAUCCACACCGUCCCUCCGAUCCAGCCGGUACAGAUCGACAGCACUGCCUCACUGCUACAGAGUCCAGACUCUGAUUUCAAGCACAAAUCCAAGGACUCCCUGUCCAGCGGGAUCCACCUCACUGUGGCCUCCGACGACACCAUGUCCAUGUCGCCGGAGUCCGACCCAAGUCAUCGACCCUCAGUGGACCUCAUGGCUCCUCCUCAACUGUCGUGCUCAGGGGCCCAAGAGCUUCCUGGACUGCUAUGCGGCAGCCAGCGCUACCCCUCCCUCCCUGAACACCUGGAGACCUCCACAGAGGCGCAGGAGAUCCAGAGGCACGUCUCAGACCCCGUCCUGCCGGGCAGCUAG